AUCUCCCACACGAUAUUUGCAGACCUAUAAAACUUUCUAAAAUCUUGUUCUAUCAUAUUCUAACUGCUAAAGUUGCCGAGCCUAAGAUACCUAAAUGAGGCUUAAAUAAGUGGUUCAGGGGAUUGCUGCUAGGUACUGUACGAGAUAUCUCAGCAAAAAUGUGUAUAUAAGCCAGGCUUCUCCUUUCACUCACAAAGAAUGUUAGUGAGUCAAUGAAAUCAUCCAUACUCAUACUACUCAUAUAGUAUAUUUCACUGAGAGACACUUGAUUAACAUGGCAACACACGACAGUGACACGAGGAACACCAAUGACGAACGUGAAGAUCGAAGUAACCUAGGUACUCCUGCUCGCCAAUCUACCAGUGAAGAAGCUUCCAAGGUUUCGUUAACGCGGCAAGCACCAACUGAGCCUAUCCCCAAAAGAAUUUGGCAUACGUAUACAAGUUACGCUUUUGGACGGAUAGAACAUGAGUACGCCCUCGAGCAGAAGAACCAGUGUAUCCGGUCUCAAUUAGGCAGCACCACAACUACACGUAGCUCGGUAAAUUCGUUUAUGCAUGGUGUUGCUCAUACCGUUGGGGUGAUACAGCCAAGGUUUACCUUUGAUAGAUCGGACUUCCCUUACCCUGCUUCGUUUCUAAGCGCAAUCAAUGAACCAGAUAGGUCGCGGCGACAAGGUAAUGGAGAGGACAUUAUGAAUGCCGAUCCGUCACCUGAACGGAACGAUCCGGCACAGGAAGAACGUGGUAUUCUUACAACAGUGAAUACUAGAAAAUCCGCAGAGCACCAAUUGUCCAAGUUUAAAAACAGGAAAUUAGGCUUCGGUACUCGAUGGUUUGGCAUUACACGGUGGUCGGAAAUCAGAUCCCAGACUCCAGUUCAGCCUACCUAUAUUGUCCUAGGAGUCUUCCCUCGCGGUUAUGCCAAUCCACGAGAGACGGUCGUGUUUAUUGACAGACCGGAACAACUAUUCUUGCGCCUUCAUUGGGCUGCUUUCCGCUUGCGCGGCUUAACCAGUAGUCUCUUCUCGCUCAGGCAUGUGAAGGAGUUCAGAUUAUAUAAAUGUGAUUCUCAAAGGGGGAUUCACGAAUCCAUCGACUUAGAUAGUUAUGGAACCGGCGAUUUACGAUUACUUUUGGCUACCUAUAAGCAGUGGUAUGUUACCGACUAUAUGGCAAAGCAAUGGGCGAUGUGGAUCCACACGGUGUUGAAUGAAGGUUCACAUAAAGUUCCUAAGGGCUCGUAUUCGCUUGAACUGGUGCUGGACUGGUCAGCAAAGAGGAUUUCAGUUGUAGUGCUGUUACCUGUGUUGCUAAGCAUCGCAAUCGACAUUUGGCUAAACUCGAAGGACUGGACAGACCUAGCAACUAUCCAGACUGCCUGGGGCACUGCAUCUUACAUCGUGACAGCAGGAGGUCGUAAGUUGUCGCUUCAGUGGGUUGAAAUGUUUCAAAAAGCUAACAGAUCAGUAACGGCGGCAUUGUUGGGUAUUCUAAGCAGUAUUUCGGAUUAAUGAUUUUAAGGAGAUUCUCAUGGCCAGCGAUAUUUCUCUAGAUAAUCGGUAAUAUUAGGUCUGUUGAAUUAUUUACACGCUGUGUAUGGAUAUAUUCUACGGCAGGGGAUAGACACUUAUGGACAAGGAAAGGAUUGGGGGUGACAAGAUACUAGCUAGUACUCCUAUAUGCAUAGUAAAAAGGGUC